UCCAAUGUGACUUUCUGCUUUGCAGAGAGCAAAAAACAUAGUAGUCUUGUUAAUGCUGCGUUACUCAAUGAGUGAAUUAGGCAGCCUUAAGCGGGGCUGAUGUGGGAGGGUGACAAUAAAUGAACAUAGUAGCAAUAAAAAGAGUGUGAAACCGGCAAACAUUGGUUUCUUGUAUUAAGUCAUUAUCAGCUUGAUGUAGGGCGUGGCUUAAAUUCCUCCAGCCUCAGUUUCAUCUUUAUUAGCGGAGACCACAUGUGACGUACAGAGAAGCACCUAAGGUUUUAUUUCUCCCCUUCCCCAAUCCUGAAGGUUCCCUGCAUCAACACUCGGCACUUCGUCUCUUAUUUUCCUGAGAUGUGGGUACUGUGCUGAGGACCAUAAACCACUGAGAUGUGCCUACCUUAGUCCUCCACGGCACCUAGAGCGGCCCCGGAAGUAUGAGAAGCGAGCCCUGCAGUGGUUGGGAGGCACUUCCGGCAUGGAUUUAGAUUGAGAUUUGUAGGCGGGAUUUCGGUGGAAAGUGGCUGUGGGGGCUUCGGUUUUACGGGGCCGCGUGUUUGAGGGGGGCUCCCACAAGGCUCGGGGGAAGUCCUGCCAGUCGGAGGAGGGCUGAUUCGGGCUUUACCACCCCAAGUCUCAGAUGGCUGCUGGGCCCGGCGUUCCCGCGCCGCCCCUGCGUGAGGGGCUCUUGAUGGUGAAAGUGGAGGAAGACUCGCCCCGACCUCGGGCUUCCGAACAGCCCGGGGCCUGGCAGCAUCUGGAAACUUCUCGAAAGCAGUUCCGGCAGCUGAGGUACCAGGAGGUGGCAGGGCCCGAAGAGGCGCUGAGCCGGCUCCGGGAGCUCUGUCGGCGGUGGCUGAGGCCCGAGAUGCGCUCGAAGGAGCAGAUGGUGGAGCUGCUGGUGCUGGAGCAGUUCCUGAGCAUUCUGCCGGACGAACUGCGGGCCUGGGUGCGGGAGCGCGGCCCCGAGAGUGGGGACCAGGCUGCCGCCGCGGCGCGGGCUCGCCAGACCACUCUGGACCGGGCCUCACCCCAGAUGCUCCACAAUGAUUCUGGGCCUGUGAUAAGCAGAACUUCAUGGCAGAAGGGCCCUGGUGGAGCAGAACUGUUCACAAGGCAGCCAGGAAGUACAACAGGGAUACAGGAAGGCCCCAGGGACUCGAUGACUUUUGAGGAUGUGGCUGUGUCUCUAACUUGGGAGGAGUGGGAGCAACUGGAUGAAGCUGAGAGGGACGUCUGCAGAGAGAAUGCACAGGAUUAUGGUAGCACAGUCCUGCCUAGUUUCGAAACCAGAUCUGAGAACAAGAGGUUGAUUCCAAAACAAGAAAUUUUGGAAGACCAACCACAGGACUGGCUACAAGAAAUGUCGCCAGGGACGGCCCUCCUGUUUCCGGAGUGUAGUGACAUCUAUGGGAAUGGAGCACAAAAACCCAUGUCCCUGAAACUUACAUAUCCUCCCAAAGAACAUGGAGUCACCAACUUGCACCUCAACAGUGAUUCCACACAAAAGGGAGUUUCUGAGGAUAGCCCCAGAAGGUCCAGCUUUAUCCUCGGUCAGCACAACCAGACAACAGGGAGGCCCACUGAUGGUAAUGAACAUGGGAACAAGUGCAUCUCAGAUCUGGCCAAGGGGAAAUGUCAGUGGGUGAAACCUUACGACCAUGCUGCCAAUGGAAGUGUCUGCAGUGCCAGCCUUUCUGAGGCCCACAGGCAGCACCGUGAAGAAAGACCUUAUAAAUGUGAGAACUGUCCAAAGGCUUUCAAACAGCGCUCAGACCUCUUGAAACACCAGAGAAUCCACACAGGUGAAAAACCCUAUGAAUGCCAGGAUUGUGGGAAAAGCUUCCGCCAGAGUGCAGCCCUGAUUAAACACCAGAGGACACACACGGGUGAGAAGCCCUAUGUGUGCCCCAAAUGUGGGGAGUGCUUCCGACAGAGCUCACACUUAAAUCGGCACCAAAGAACCCAUGCUGGCAAGAGGUAUUGUCAGUGUGAGGAAUGUGGGGAGAUCUGCCAUGUUUCUAGCCUUCUGAGACAUCAGAGACUCCAUAAAGGGGAGAGACCUUAUCAGUGUGAAGACUGUGAGAAGAGCUUCAAGCAGCGUUCAGACCUUUUCAAGCACCAGAGAACCCACACUGGGGAGAAGCCAUAUGGAUGUUCAGUGUGUGGGAAGUGCUUCAGUCAGAGUGCAACCCUCAUUAAGCACCAGCGAACUCACACAGGAGAAAAGCCUUAUAAAUGUCUAGAAUGUGGGGAGAGCUUUAGACAGAGUACACAUCUUAUCCGACAUCAAAGGGUCCAUCGAAAUAAAAUGCCAGCACUCUGAUAUACUUAUGUGUCACCUGUGUUCAUGGGAGGAUAAAGAAGCUUCCUGCAGACAUGAUGCUGUGUGUAAGUGUUUAAUGAUGAGUGUGGGCGCAUGUGACC